UUGAAAUAUUUAGCCCGGAAGUGUUUCUUACUAAGGUCACUAGAACGGAUAGGUCUGACCAAUGCUAACAUACGCUAUUGAGCUAACGCAUAAACUUGCUGGCGGUGUUGUCUCAAAAGCUUUCAGUCCACAUUUCUUUACAACUCUUGAAGACAACAGUAACCUUUCGAAUAGGUUUGCUCUCUACACGCCCUCGGGUGAUACGCUGUUGUUGUGAACGUGAUGACUGAUUUAUUUUUAGGGGAAAGAUUGUGUUGUUUUAAUAGCUGUGUCCUCUGAGUAAAGCUUGGACUUGACAGACAUGGAGACUCCUGGUAUUGAAGAUAUGAUCGACUUUCGCCGGUUACCCAAAGACACACUUGUCCUUCUACUGUUGCUGCUGUACUUUCCGGUUGGCAUUUGUUUGAUGUUGUUACGGAUUUUUAUUGGUAUCCACGUGUUCUUGGUCAGCUGUGCACUGCCUGAAAGUUUUUUAAGAAGGUUAAUCGUGAGGGUUAUGUGCUCGGUCUUGGGGAUGCACGUGAGGCAGAAAAAUCCUCGAUCCAGAGACAGGAAUACCAAACUGUAUAUAUGCAAUCACGUGACCGAGUUUGAUCACAACAUAAUCAACCUCCUGACCCCCUGCUGCACUCCCCAGUUGGAGGGCUCCACAGGUUUUGUGUGUUGGGCCAGAGGUUUCAUGGAAGUCCGCUUGGCACCUGGCCAGGGAGCGAUAGGAGAGUCUCUUCAGAGGUACUGCUCCACUGACGGUACCUCACCCUUGCUUCUGCUUCCUGAGGAGGACACUACAAACGGCCACGCUGGCCUGCUCAAGUUCAGUUCCUGGCCUUUCUCGCUGACAGACUCCAUUCAACCUGUGGCCUUGCGGGUUGCACGACCCCUGAUUGCUUUGAGCACACCAGAGUCCAGUUGGUUGACAGAGCUUUUAUGGACAUUUUUUGCUCCAUUUACAGUGUAUCAUGUAAGUUGGUUACCACCAGUCUCCCGACAGGAUGGUGAAUCCUCGCAGGAAUUUGCCAACAAAGUCCAGGAGCUGCUAGCCUGUGAACUUGGCUUGGUCUCAACAAAGAUCACUAAAGCCGACAAAGCAGAGCACAUCAAACGGAAACGACAUGCUGCGCCGCAAACAUCUUCAAGCGUGCGACCCGGUUCUAUUGGCCUGGGUUUCAUGGUGCCGAGUAUGGGAACAGAUGAGCGUAGGAUUGCUAAGAUGGCCCAGCAAGUGAAGGACGUACUGCCUCACAUCCCACUGAAUGUCAUUGUAAAGGACUUGGCAAAAACCAAUUGUGUUGACAUUACAAUAACAAACCUGCUGGAGAACAAGGAGGAAGCCUCGAUGGAAGACACUGCGAUGUCGUCAUUCGGAGCGUCAAUGAACAGCACACACAGUUCUGGUUCUGCUCCAACUAUAAAGCCUGCUGCCAAAUCUUUUGGGAAAUCACCAGCUGACAGGCAUUUGUCUCUCCAAGAGAGGAAGGAAGCGCUGUACAGUUUUGCACGAAGACGCUAUAUUGAAAAACACGGAUUGGAUCAAGAGGACAGUCAGUGAACACUUUGGGUCAAAAAGCCGCCAUUCUCAACAGGAAGAAGCAUUCAAUUUAUCUGCCUAGCCUCCAAGAUGAUUUUUAUAUUCAGUCAAUUGCAGGGUGUUGGAAAAAAGACUUUGCAGAUAUUGCAGACAAGUGUUCCCAACAUGUAUAAGUUGGAAAGAUGAUUUAUGCAUGUUCAAUACUUCAUUCUGGCUGAUGCGUAAUUUUGAUAACUUUGUAUUACGAUGCUGACUGUGAAUCAUCUAUUUAUUUUUAUAAUGUCCAGAGUCGUCGAUUGAAAUAAAGUUCAGCUUGACCGUG